AAUCUCGCUGGCCCUAGCAGUGGUCUCCCUCUCUCUCCCUCUCUCUCUUCUCGGAUUCUGCCUCUGGCUUUUUAGAAAGUUAUUAGGCACAAUUAAUAUUUUAACGUUAUAUACACUAAUAAUAUUUUUUUAGGAAAAAAAGGGUUUCAACUCCAAGGAGAUCGCACGCAGACCCUGUAAACAACGGGAGAGACGAGGGAGGGAUUUGCAGAUCCGAAAUGACACAUUAGCCCUUUUUUCCCGUUUCAGCUUUCGUUAUUCCAGGUCCUCCUCCUCCAAAAUUUUGUUGUCGUUUUACCGCUUUACAGGCUCAAACGGCUGUGGUGCUCUGUCUCUGCUUGGGUCAAGUAGGGACCUCGGGCCCUGAAUUUCCUCGUCUGAUCUCGGUGUUGGAGCCUCAGCUCUCGUGCCCUGCUUGCUUGGUUGCCUCGGUAUUGAACCUUGAGAACUCAUUAUGGUGGCAACUGCUGCUACAUCUUCGUUUUUCCCUGUUACUUCACCCUCACCAGACUCUGGUGCGAAGACUACCAAACUUGGUGGUGGGUUCAGAGGACUUAAGUCCAAAUCUACUUCUGGUGGCUUGCAAGUUAAGGCAAAUGCUCAAGCCCCAUCAAAGAUUAAUGGAGUUACUACAUCUCUGGAAACCGUGAAACAUGGAAAUGAUACCCCAUCAUCCUCCCCAAGGACUUUUAUUAACCAGUUGCCUGAUUGGAGCAUGCUUCUAGCUGCCAUCACAACAAUUUUCUUGGCAGCUGAGAAGCAGUGGAUGAUGCUUGAUUGGAAGCCAAAGCGACCUGACAUGCUUAUGGAUCCAUUUGGUAUAGGAAAAAUUGUUCAGGAUGGUCUUGUGUUUCGGGAGAACUUUUCUAUUAGGUCCUAUGAAAUAGGUGCUGAUCGAACAGCAUCUAUUGAGACGUUAAUGAACCAUUUGCAGGAAACUGCCCUUAACCAUGUUAAGAGCUCAGGGCUUCUUGGCGAUGGCUUUGGUUCUACACCGGAGAUGUGUAAAAAGAACUUGAUAUGGGUGGUUACUCGGAUGCAGGUCGUGGUUGAUCGUUAUCCUACAUGGGGUGAUGUUGUUCAAGUAGACACUUGGGUUUCUGCUUCGGGGAAGAAUGGCAUGCGUCGUGAUUGGGUUGUGCGUGAUUGCAAAACUGGUGAAACAUUGACAAGAGCCUCCAGUGUUUGGGUUAUGAUGAAUAAACUGACAAGGAGGCUAUCUAAAAUACCAGAAGAAGUUAGAGGAGAGAUAGGGCCCUUCUUUGUGAACUCUGAUCCUGUUGUGGAAGAGGAUAACAGAAAACUCCCUAAACUUGAUGAUGUCACAGCAGACUAUAAGCGUACAGGCUUGAGCCCGCGGUGGAAUGACUUGGAUGUCAACCAGCAUGUUAACAAUGUGAAGUACAUUGGCUGGAUCCUGGAGAGUGCUCCCCAGUCAAUUCUGGAGAGCCACGAGCUUUGCUCCAUGACUCUGGAGUACCGGAGGGAGUGUGGUAGGGACAGUGUACUGCAAUCACUGACAGCUGUCUCUAGUGCUGAUGCCGGUAAUUUAGCUCAAAGCAGAGGUGUAGAGUGCAAGCAUUUGCUUAGGCUUGAAGAUGGUGCUGAGAUUGUGAGGGGCAGGACAGAGUGGAGGCCAAAACAGUCCAACAAUUUGGAUGCCAACAAUCAGAUUCCAGCAGAAAGCACCUAGAUAGCUGGAAAGGCAUCAGUCUCCUUGGCCCUUGCAUCGUGCCUCUAACAGGAGAGUCUUGCUAGUGUUUGUCUGAUCUACAUGUCGUUAUAUAUAACAUUUAUACAUGCACUCUCUGAUUUGUUUUGCUCUGGGGUUGCUGGAAGAAAGUAAUCUCAUUUUCUUUGUAAGUAUUAGCUUCUGGCUAUCCCCUCUCUCCUCUGUGGUUGUUCUAUAUUCCUUUUUGAUUAAUGGUUACGCAACAUGCUAUUAGGCUGUCUUCAAUAUUUAAUGCUUCGCCAAGAUGGCUAGGCUUGUAUAGGAUACGAUUUUAUUAUAUUUUUAUGCUUGGCUCUUGAUGGUGGGGUACUUCUAAGGAACACAGUCCCAAUGAUUGGUGUAA